CAAUUAAAGGAGGAUUUGCCUUUGCACUAAUUAAUUCUAAAAUCCAUCUUGUCCAAUUUCUAGCAUUAUAUUAUCACUCAACUACAGGAAAUUAUCAUUCUUAUGAAAAAGAACCAAUAACUGAUGUUGAUAUUAUUUCAAAUGUUUCCU